GGCCGGAAGAGGGCGACCCGGGCCGGGGAUCCCGUCUGCUGGCGCCGGACGGACGGGCCGAGCCCGGAGCGCCACCAUGGGCCCGGGGCCCCCGGCGGCCGGAGCGGGGGCGCCCCCGCGGCCGCUGUCCUUGGUCGCGCGGCUGAGCUACGCCGUGGGCCACUUCCUCAACGACCUCUGCGCGUCCAUGUGGUUCACCUACCUGCUGCUCUACCUGCACUCGGUGCGCGCCUACAGCUCGCGCGGCGCCGGCCUGCUGCUGCUGCUCGGUCAGGUGGCCGAUGGGCUGUGCACGCCCCUCGUGGGCUUCGAGGCUGACCGCGCCGCAGGCCGCUGCGCCCGCUUCGGCCCGCGCAAGGCCUGGCACCUGGUCGGCACCAUCUGCGUCCUGCUGUCCUUCCCCUUCAUCUUCAGCCCCUGCCUGGGCUGCCAGGCCACCACGCCUGAGUGGGUUGCCCUCCUCUACUACGGGCCCUUCAUCGUGAUCUUCCAGUUCGGCUGGGCUGCUACACAGAUUGCCCACCUCAGCCUCAUCCCGGAGCUCGUCACCAAUGACCAUGAGAAGGUGGAGCUCACGGCUCUCAGGUACGCCUUCACCGUGGUGGCCAGCAUCACCGUCUAUGGGGCUGCCUGGCUUCUACUCCACCUGCAGGGCUCUGCCCACAUGGGGUCCACCCAGGAUGUCUAUGACCAGCUGGGGGUCCAAGAUGUGCCAGUGUUCCGGAACCUCUCGCUGUUGGUGGUGGGCGUUGGAGCUGUCUUCUCACUGCUGUUCUACCUGGGCACCAGGGAGGGGCGCCGGCGGCAGGUGGAGGAGCCAGAUGAACACAGCCCCCUGUUGGCCCCUGCUACUGCCCGGCCCUUGCUGCUCUGGAAACACUGGCUUCGGGAGCCGGCGUUUUAUCAGGUGGGCUUGCUGUACAUGAGCACGAGGCUCAUUGUGAACCUGUCCCAGACAUACAUGGCCAUGUACCUCACCUACUCCCUCAACCUGCCUAAGAAGUUCAUCGCCACCAUCCCGCUGGUGAUGUACCUCAGCGGCUUCCUCUCCUCCUUCCUCCUGAAGCCCAUCAACAAGUGCAUCGGGAGGAAUAUGACCUACUUUGUGGGCCUCCUGGUGAUCCUGGCCUUCGCAGCCUGGGUGGCAUUGGCAGAUGAGCUGGGUGUGGCUGUGUAUGUGGUGGCUGUGCUGCUGGGCACGGGCUGUGCCACCAUCCUCGUCACCUCGCUGGCCAUGACGGCUGACCUCAUCGGCCCCCACACGGUAGGGCUGCUGAGCCGGUCUGGGUUGGGGUUGGGGACCAGGGCCGAGGCCUGGGAUGCUGACACCCUGCCCGUGUCCCCCCAGCACAGCGGAGCCUUCGUGUAUGGCGCCAUGAGCUUCUCGGACAAGGUGGCCAAUGGGCUAGCAGUCAUGGCCAUCCAGAGCCUGCACCCCUGCUCCUCAGAACUCUGCUGCAAAGCCUGCGUGGCCUUCUACCACUGGGUGAUGGUGGCCGUGACGGGUGGCGUGGGCGUGGCCGCCACCCUGGCUCUGUGCUGUCUCCUGGUCUGGCCCGUCCGCCUUCGGAGCUGGGACCCUGGAGCCCAACCCUGACACUGCCCCAUGGUCCCUUACCCUUUGUAACUUAACCGCGACUGUGAACACUCGCUGCCCAACGAGGCCUGGAGCGGCCCCUUUGCUGCUCUGAUCCCACUCCUGCGUCUGUCCCGUCCCUGCCUGGCUGCGGGGUCGGGUGGGGCUUGGUGGGCGCGGUCAGGAUGGGCGGGAUCCCAGCAGCUUAUCCCCGCUAGGGCGGGAACACCGAGCUAGGCCCUCUGGUAUUCAGGGGCUGGUGGGGUCCUUGUGGGUCUGGGGUACCCAAAUCCCAACUCUAACCCACCCCCAGCUGUCUGGAUGAUUCGGGGUGCCCGGUGUUGUGUGGGGGCCGGAUGUGAGGCCCCUGGGCGCAGGGUCUGCCCCGAACUCAGCCCCGGCCAGCCUAGGGUCUCCCGGGUGCUGCUCCCGGGUGCCGCCAGGCCCUGGAGGACAGAGACGUUGCUGAGCCUGCCAGGAGCCCCAGCCUCGGGGUUAGGGGGCUGGGCCCAGACCCUGGCCAUGGCGAUGGUGAGGCUCAGCAUGCCGGGCCAGGGGCCCGAGUGCAGCUCCCUGCGCCCAGGCCACUGCUGCAGUGAAUAAAGAGCCGCCCGGGGCCAGGACUGUGCCUUGGCCUGGGGCCCGGGGUAGGGGGAGCCGAGGGCAGGAGAGGUGUCUGUCUGACUCUGCCCUGGAGCUUGGUCACCAGGGUCCUGGUUCAGAGCUCCUUUCAUCUGGCUGCCUGCCCGCCCCAGGCCCCAGCCCCCAGCCCCAGAGGUGGACAGACGCCUUGGGGGAGAGGCACCGGGUCCCCGAAGAGCCACACCGGGCAGCACGAUCUUUAUCAGUGACGGGGCGUGUAGAUGGGCGAGGGCUGCUGGUUGGUGGAGGGGCAGCAGGGUUCCAGGUCCCACUGCCGGUAGUUCUGGGUGGUGUAGCGCGGGCGCUGGGGCGCCGAGAGGUAUGGCACGUAGUCAGACGCCUGCCACAGUGGCUCGACCCCGAAUUGGUGCCUGUGGAUCACUGGGGGGCCAGGACCCGGGUCACCGGCUGGCCCUGCCUCCUGGCCCCGAGCGGUCUCACCCCCAGCCCCUGGGUCGCCUGCCCCUGGCCCAGGCUCACCGUACUCCUCGCCCCGGAUGGGUCUGUCUUUCCACAGCACGCUCCCGUACCGCGCGCGAGGGCCCCUGUACUGCGCGGGGAUGACGGGGUCGUACCAGGCGGUCUCCCGGAGACGCUGGGUGUAGGCUACGGGGUAGGGGUCAGCGGUCAUCUCUGCACCUGUGGGCCUCACCCUCCCCUCGAGGCGGGCCUGGUGUCAGGGGCGGGCAGGGCCGGGCACUCACCCGAGGGCAUGCUGCGCUCCCGGGGGCUGUGGCAUCCGUGCCUGCGGGCAUAAGCCUCGAGGUGCGGGCUGUCCAGAGCCUGAGGGAGCAUGUUCCAGGCUUCUCGGGAGUCCAAGUUGGUCAGGCCCGUGUACCACAGCUGGCCGGCCGCGUCGCGUCCCAUGGGCGUGUACUUCCAGCGCGUUGCCUGCUUGAUGGCCGGCGUCUGGCGGGGCCCCUCCUGGGACAGGUAGUCAUCGCUGAGGGUGGGGGUGGGAGGAGAGAGACUGAGCUUUCGGCCCCCCUGCCCUCCCCGGGCCUCUUCAUCCCCAUCGCCAGCACUGAGGGUGCAGAAUGCAGAAGCCUGGCCCGAGGUGUGGGGGGCCUUGUCUGUCCUUCAGUACUGGACACCCUCCCACCCAGGCUGGCAGAGGGUGGGAGGCUGACCCCUUGUAGCCCCUCCUCUCUGCCACAUCCUCCCCAACCCCCAGGACCUCCUAAAUAUUUCAUCUUUUCUUGCCCCUACUAAGUCCUUUGCCCAGCCUCCCAGACCUGCAGGCCCUUUCCUCCAGGAAGCCCCCCUAGCCUGGAGGUGCACCAGGAGGACGUGGUCUCAGCUAUGGCUAAGUGAGUGGCGCAGGUUUCACCGUCAUUGGUCUGGCCUGGGAGCCGUGGGUUGGGGACACUGGGAAAGUGUGUGGGGAGCCCAGGCUCCCAGGGAGACCUUCGGGGAACCCUUGUGCCAUCACCACCUGCCCAGCCAGCCGGGCCAGCGGGGAGUGAAGGCAAGCUCACAUUUAAAGGAGAAACUAUUGCAGCUACACAGGAGUGCCUGUUCCGGGGGCCUCUGUUGCCAGAGCCCGUCCCAGGCUGAGAGCAUCAGGAGGGCUCCCCCGAGGAGGUGGCAGUGAUGUGAGGAGGGACCCGCUUGUGCAAAGGCCCUGGGGCAGCAGGGAUGGUGUAAGGAACAGAGGGUAGUAGAGCAAAGACGGAAGUGGAAAUAUGCUAACGAUGGCAAAAAUCAAACCUCAACGAGGUACCAUCAAAACUAAAGCUACCCUUCGGGAACACCCUCGCAGCACCACUGCCCAAGAGACAGACAUGGGCACGUGCUUUGACCUGGCGAGCUCGCUCCAGGGAGAUGCCCCAGGGAAGGAGGCCGUGGCCCCAAGAUGGUCCAAGCAGGGCUGCUGAUAAAACGUUCUCCCCUGUGCCUGCUUGGAGUUCUCACUCCACACAGAAAACCAGAAACCCACGUGUUUCAUAAGAGGUGGGCUCGGCCUGGUCAGUUCCGGAAAGUGGCCGCAGGCUGGGUUUGCCACUUGCAGGGAGGGCAGUUUGGGGACCGUCUGGCGGGCCCCACUCUUUUGAACUACAAAAUGAACCGGAACUACAAAAUGUACCUGGCUUGUAAAAAGGAAUUAAAACAGUCAAAAAUAACACAAUGAAAA